AAAGUAACAAACAUGUUGUUAACUAGAAAAGAGAAAACAAUACCUAGACAUAUAAUAUAUAAUCAAAUAUAAUGCAAUUAACAAAGGAAGUGAGAAUACAAUGACAUGGGUUCUUCAUAAUGUAUUAAUAAUAACCAAAUUUCUUUUUUUGAUUGCCUCUUUGAUACAUUUACACACAUUUAUAAACUCAUCUUUGUUGGUCGAAUUUAGUAGUGAAUGGAACUAUUGACUUGAAAAUUAAAACAGUUAUUCACUAUCAAAGUCUACACCAGGAGAAACAAUCCCUAUAACUCCGAUUUGAAUUUUGACAGAGUUAUGCCCAUUUUUAACUUAGAAUGUUUAAGUUUUAUAAAGUUUUUACUGGCAAAGCUCUAAUUCAGAGUCAAGCACUGAGAAAAGUCGAGUGCGCUGUCUUAUGGACAGCUCUUGUUAUUUUAGGUAGAGUAUGUGCAUUUGGGUAGUAUAAUACAAUAUCAAGCAUCAAAUUACAAACAUUAAAACGAAAUAGAUAUUACAUUGCGAGAACGAAAACGUUUUAUACGAGUGUUAAUCAACCAGGAAAAGAACUGGUCAGUGGCUCCGACUCUGGACAUUUGCGCCUCCUCCAAGGCUUUGGCUCCUCCUCUUAGCCAAAAUUGAACAUAGAUGGGUAAAACCCGCCGUUAAAACACAUAAAUAAUUCAGAUUUAACAUACCAUUAUGGGAAAAAUUGGUACAAUGUAUGUUUACUCUUAUUUGUGUAAAUUAGGGCGAAAUAUAUGGGUAAAUCUCCACUUUUGGUUCGAACUUGCCCCAUUUUCCAACUUUUAAAAGUUCUCACGUCAAGGAAUGCAUUUACCUUGCCAAAUGGCCUGCAUAUAUAAAAAGUAUAAUCAUUUCUGAGUGGAACUACAUUGGCUAUUUUUUAAAUAGGGCCUUAAAUUUAUCUGAGAAAGGAAACAAUCAUCUCACCCUUCUUUUUUGUUUACAUUCUGCAUAAAGUUCCGGUCAUUAGCGCCUCCUCGGAAGUAUCAUUGGCUCUUUUUUCAAUUCAUCUCAUCAAAGAGGACGAGCCAGUGUUUACAGGCCGUGUUACUGCUUUGCCGUUUUGGGGCGUUAUUCUGUACAUUGGAGCAGGUAAUAUUAUUACACAUAGUUUUGUCAUAUCUCAUACACAGUGUAAGUAAAGCAUGCCCAUCAGAGAAUAAACAAUCUACUUCUUUUACGGUAAAGUCUACUAAGUGUUUUAACAGAUCUGCAGAACCAGUAGUGUAAUCAAUCACAGAGAUGUUUUUAAAUGUAAAAUUUCCAAUGUCUUUAUCUUGACCAAAUCGGCCGUUGAGAAUGUAAAGAUUAUUAUUUUUACAAAUUUCAAUUAAUUUUCUACCAGUGUUAUUGAUAGUACUAUCUCGAGAUGUCCGUAAGAUGCUCAUAUCUAACUAACUUGAAAUUUCAGUUUGAUUAAAAAAAUUUACAAUAUCUUCAUCAAAUUCAAAAAUGUUCGUACAAUAAGCUUAAAGCUUUCAUAACAAUCGACCUAAAACAAAUUAGUAUACUAGCGGAAAAAAGAACCUGUGCAUGUGUAAAAUGUUCAUGUAUCGCUCAAUUUUAUAAAUUAAAGCUUGAAACUUUACACAGGUAAGCUGUGUAUCCCUCUCGGUCAUUUGCUGAUGCAAUAACCAUAUCAACUGAGCUGGGAUUAAAUAAAGGUCAGAUAAAACCAUGUUGAUUUUUUUUUCUUAUAUACCUUCUAAGUUAUAGCAUAUUAUACCCAUGCACAGUUUCUUUUUUCCGCUAGUAUAUAAACUAAGGGGGCAUUUCGUGUUCUACGAGCUCUUGUCAACCGUAACCCUUGAACUGUUGAAAUAAAAUCCCAAUAAAGAUCUUUAAAACACAUAAAAUUAACUUAUAUAUCAUUAAGUAUCAGUUUGUUGCAAAAUCACAUUCGAAUUUACAUAAAAUAAUUAAAGUUUAAUCGUAAUAUUUCUUUUUUCUCUCGAAAGCCGCUUUUUCAAAUCAAAACUCACUCAUUAAAACUUGAAUGUAAUUUUAUUUUCAAUUUGGACCUCUUUACUUAAUAUUAUAUAAUAGUUAAUCUUGAAGAUAGCCUCCCUCGCAGCUGCAGAAAAUCUUACAUAAUAUAAAGUCACAGAAGUGGGCAAAGUUCCACGACAUUGAUGUAUACACGAAGCUGAAAUGAUUUAUACUCUGAUAUUUAAUGAAUUUAAAAGCGAUUUCACAUUUAUAAAACAAUUUCAUACCAGACACGUUUAAAAAACAUUGUAAGUAAAAAUUUUUUCCGAUCAAUAAAGCUUAAAAAUUUAACGCAGAAAAAUAUGCAUUUUGCCCAUAUAAUAGACAUUGGUAAAGUUAUCUUAAAAUUAAAAUUGAUCUUCUGCAAGACUUGAAAUCCUAUAGAAUAGAUUAUUAUAUAUAUAAUCUUUGUUCCUAAUUGAUGGAUAACAGUAAAUUUUGUGAGAUUCUUUCAUUGAUUGUAGGUGCAGAUGAAAGUACCCAAAUACUGGAAAUAUGUUUCCUGUUCAACCUAUACGCCGAUCCACAGUAUAUACGAUGAGGAUGAAAAAGCAGAGAUCAAGGCCUCGGAUUGUUUGCAGGUGAUGGACAAAGUCCAAUCAGAUGAAAUACCUAAUGUGGAAUUUCCGCCUGAUGAUGAUAAAUCGACCAUGUUAAAUGGAAACCAUGCUCCAGAUAUAUUCGAUUUGGAAUUCUUCAUAGGUAUCGCGUUUCCGCCAAUUAUCAAUGAUCCAGAUUUCGUCAAGGCACUUGAGCAUUUCAUUAAAGGAGACAAUGCUCCAUCCCGCAGCUUUAUUGAAGAAUGUUCCUGGAUGUAUUACCUUUUUUAUGAUCCUGUAGGUACUACAGAACAUACAGUUACACUACAGGUGAUUUUAAUCAGACUUGUUUCAAUGGCCAUUCUUCUUGACAAAGCAGCGAAGGUCAAAUAUCUUACCAGACCUGGAAGGAAUAGAGGUAUUUGUAUAAAAGUCUUUCUUCUGAGCAACGAGGGAGCACACGCGUAUAAUGGGAACGGAGCAUUCUUCGGAAGACCCAGACGUCAAGAAUACAUUCCGCUAAUGGAACAUGACGAGACAGAACCAGCUUCAGGUUUUGAAGUAAACAGAAUUGUCGUCUUCAAACCAACUUACAUUUACUGUAACACGCAUCCUGAAGUCACAACGAAAUUUGUAGAUGCAUGUACACAAUAUGAUAUAAAGGAACCAUCUGGCAAUCCAAACCUUUCUGUUGAUACCCUUCAAAGAAGCCCAUCAGAUAAGGACAUUGGUACAAUAGCACUCAAUAUCGGACCGGAAUGGCAUUCGCUAGGUUUGCAGUUGGGUUUGUCGGAAGUUGAGCUCUAUCAAAUUAGGGAAGACAACAGAGAAAACUGUGUACAGCGAAACUCAGCAAUGCUGUUCAGAUGGAGAAGAAACAAAGAAAACUGUGCAACAUUUGAAGAACUUUGCAACGCUUGUAUUCGUAUAAAUGCAAAUCCUGACAACAUUUUGAAAAAUAUUGAAGAAGCAUAAAAGGACUUAAAAAGACUCGUUUUACAAGUACAGAUGAAACGACUGUCUUUUUAUAUUUAAUGUCAAAUGUUAACACAUACACUCAAGAAUAGUGAAAACCUAACAUUCAUUUAUGGCAAAUAUUUGGUUUCUUUUGUAGCAUAUUCUUUGCAAUAUAUGUACGCAGAACUCGUGUUAUAAUUCAUGAAAAUAUAGAGUGUUAGCAUGUAUAAACGAAAAUCAAAUGAUGAUGAAGUAAAAGUCGAUUGCAAACGUGUCAUUCACUUUGUCUUGAAAGAUAGAAUAUUUUAAAUAAAAUAAUUAUUAACUUUUAUUCUUGUCUAAACGGUGUGCUUUAUAAAAAAUCUUUUGUUGAAGCGAUAUUACAACAAGGCAAUUAACAGUUAUCAUUAAAUUAUUCAGGUAUUUUGGAAGGGUGGAGUUACAGCAAGUGUAUUGGCCAAACUGCACUAUAGGAUACUUAUAGUGGCAAGAAAACGUCAAAGCUUUAAAUCACGUCAGUAUCACACACAAAAGUGUUUUGAUUCAAUGUACUAGUUUUACCAGGCCGUAUAUAUCUUUUCCUUCUUUUUGGCGACAUGUUUAACUUUACAAAGUGAUCGUUACUGUAAGAUAAGGAUAACAUCUAAUCACUGGCUCUACUGCAAAAUAAAAAAGAAUGUGUUAGAAAAUAAAACAAUAUGAAAGGGGUAUAUAUUAGUAAUAAAGUAUCUAAGUUUUUUAAGUCUAAAUGAACCACUUCAAAAUCUGAUAUUGUUAACCUUUGAGACAAUAGAAAUAGUCUUAACCCAAGUAUAGAGUAACAUUUUAAGCGGUCGGUAAUUUUAAACUGUUGUGUUUAAAAUACGUUUAUAUGAAUAUUCAUGCACAAUACAAAUCUAUUUGUUUUCUACACAAGAGCAAGAUAAGAACUGCAAAUCAAUUUGGUAUGGGCCUAUGUAUUUGUAUGUAAAUUUAAAGAUUGAAAAUAGUUGUUUGGUAGGCUGGUUUACAAGUAAGUCAUAAUGACGUAAAAUCUAAAUUCUUUAGAUUUUUAAUGCUUUUAAUUGAUGGUUUAUGUUUAUUUAUGUUUUCUGGUAAUCUACUUGUUAGAUAUUUGUUAUGUAUCUUGAAGUUACAUCUUACCUAGACCUAUGCAUAUUGCUUUACUGUACACAAUGUGAUGGAUUCAUUGUAUGGGCUUAUAUUAAAUAUGUUUAAUUAAAA